GCCAAACGUGGGGUACCAUGCCAGUUCUAUUCUGGAAUAUCUAUGUGUGGCCCUGAGACUGGCCUAUGUGUGACUUGCAGAGUUAAUGAUUAUCCCAGCAGUUGUCUAAACUGCUUGGUUCCACUGGGCUGCUGCAAGCAGUUAGAGCAGUCUCCAGAGAGCAGCAUGUUCCCCUUGCUCUUUGGUGCUGGACUGGUGGUUCUGAACCUAGUGAGCUCUGCAAGGAGCCAGAAGACAGAACCUCUUAGUGGCUCUGGGGACCAGCCCCUCUUCCGUGGUGCGGAUCGAUACGACUUUGCCAUCGUGAUCCCUCCAGGAGGCACAGAAUGCUUUUGGCAAUUUGCCCACCAGACUGGAUACUUCUAUUUCAGUUAUGAGGUUCAGCGGACACUGGGAAUGUCACAUGACCGGCAUGUUGCUGCCACUGCACAUACCCCACAGGGUUUCCUUAUAGACACCACUAAGAAUGUUCGGGGCCAGAUUAACUUCUCCACCCAAGAGACAGGUUUUUAUCAGCUUUGUCUAAAAAAUCAGCAAAAUCACUUUGGUUCUGUGCAAGUAUACCUCAAUUUUGGAGUCUUCUAUGAGGGGCCUGAGAUGGACCACAAAGAGAAGAAUGAAAGAAAACAACUGAAUGAUACUUUGGAUGCAAUUGAGAAGAGUACACGAAAGCUGCAGAACAAUAUCUUUCACAUGUGGCGAUACUACAACUUUGCUCGCAUGAGAAAAAUGGCUGACUUUUUCCUACUCCAGUCAAACUAUAACUAUGUGAAUUGGUGGUCGACAGCCCAGAGCCUUGUUAUUAUUCUUUCUGGGAUCCUGCAGCUGUAUUUCUUGAAGCGUCUCUUCAACAUCCCAACGACCACAGACACAAAGAAGCCAAGAUGCUAAGCUCGAACAACUACAGUGCCCUGGCUCUUUUCUUCUGGGGCACAAGCUCUCUCAAAUCUUUGUAAAGUUAUUGGGAAAAAAUCAAUUUUUCUUGUUAGAAAGUUGUAGCCUAUUGCUCUCAUCUACACAGGCAAAAUAGCAAUAAAUAAAAGUGUGU